AUGUGGAGUAAAGGAUGGAACAACUCGGGGUUGCAAGCGCCACAGGGCGCGAGCCCUUUCGCACCGGCGCCACAAGGUGGUGCGGCACCGGCGGGGCGCCCCGAUGAGGCGGCGACUGGCCCGAUGCUGGGGAAGGGAUCCGAGCUGCGGAAGCUCUACUACAUGCCUCACAACAUGGGACACGGUGAUGCGGUGAACUGCAUGCUUAUGGCAGACGGCAAGAUUUAUACCGGUGGCCGCGAUGAGUAUCUCUUCGUUUGGAAGCCGGAUCGAGCAGCUAAUGGCGAGAUACAACUGUCUCAGGACUGUCCUCCCAUCCACCUGGGUGCGAGCAUCACCUCCCUUUUCUACGAACCCACCUCGAAGUGGCUGUUCUGUGGCCUGUGGAAUGGCGAGGUCCGCGCCUUCUGCAAGGAGCCCAUGAGGGAUGACCGACUGCAAGGCCACCGGCGCUCAGUCACCGCACUUCAGGUGCAUAGCGGCGUGCUCAUCUCCGGAUCCAAUGAAGGCACAGUGCGGCUUUGGACCUUCAAUGGCCAGAGCUUUCAGCCGCAUGGGCAGCCUUUGACGAACCCAAGUGGUCCGGUCACAGCCGUGCGUGUGUUGAACGAUGCAUUGUGGGUUGGUGGCUACGAAGGCAUCACAUGCUUCGAUCUCGGUUCUCUACAGGCUCGAGGAACCAUCCCUUCCUCAAAUCAUGUGACAGGUUUGCUGGACUUCCAGGCCUUCAUGAUUGCCACCUUCCGAAAUGGCGAGGUCAACAUUUACGAUGCUUCUGGAUCACAGAUUUUUCACCGACCGCCGAGUGGAGAGCACGUGUCCAACACAGCGCUUGAGCUGAUGGUGCAUCCAUCGACACAGAAGCCCUUGCUCCUCUGUGGUCAAGUUCAGGGAUACGUCACCGCAUUCGACCUGCCAGAGUUCCGUCCACGCGGAAGCUUCUGCGUGAAGGAGCGCAGCGACGUCAAGGCCAUCGUGGACGUGAAGAGCGAUGGCAUGUUCGCGACAGCUGGUCUGCAUGGUGAUAUCUGCAUUUGGCAGUGGGGGGCUCCAGUUGGUGGUGCAUCCGCGAAUCCUUUUGGGGCCUCCACUGUUCAAGGUGCUGUUGCCUCGAGUCCUUUCGCCCCUGGCCCAGGGCAAGGUGCAGCUUGUGGUGGGAUGGCGAUGUGA